UGAGCUAGCCGCGCCGCAGAAAGCCCACGUUGGCUGCAGCCGCGGGGAGCGCAGCGCCUAGAGGCGGGAGAUCGCGAAUUCCGGCGCCGACGCCGCGGCCGCCGCUCGGCGCACGGUCCCCCUUCCUCCCCAUCCCCUCGGCCAGCCGGGCGAGCCCUGAACGGAAAGCAAGUCCUGGCCGCCUCCGCUUGGGGAGGCGCGCGGCGCUUUAGCAGGGGGAAGCUACAGUGCCCGAGGCGGAGAGGCGCGGAGUUAGCGAGGAGCAGGGAGAGUUCAGCGCGCCGAGGAGACUGGCACUUUGGGAGCCGGGUCGCCAGCGCCCGGGCCCUCCCGCAGCGGGGGUCAGCUCCACCGGGGCUCGGAGAGCCGGGGCGCGGCGUGCGCGGGGAUGCUGCCCGUCGUCGCCCCCCGCUCGUGAUCCGCCCGCGUGCCCCUCCGCAGCCCGUAGGGGCGCAGGGCAGCCCCCGUGCGCCCGCAGCGAGCCUCCGUGCCCGCGACCCGGCCGGGGCCAGGCGCCCGCUGCAGCGCAGCCAGGACACGGACGCACCUGGCCUGGACCGUGCGCCCCCGGAGACCGGCGAGGGAGUGCGGCCGUCCCGGCGCCCUCCGCUCCCGCCUACCCUCCAGCCUUGGGCAAAGGGGCGCCCCGGAUGACCAUGAGAGAUAAGGACUGAGGGCCAGGAAGGGGAAGCGAGCCCGCCGAGAGGUGGCGGGGGCUGCUCACGCCAAGGGCCACCGCGGCCGCGCUCCGGCCUCGCUCCGCCGCUCCACGCCUCGCGGGGCCCGCGGGGGCAGCCCGGCCGGGCGGGGAUGCCGGGGCUGGGGCGGAGGGCGCAGUGGCUGUGCUGGUGGUGGGGGCUGCUGUGCAGCUGCUGCGGGCCCCCGCCGCUACGGCCGCUCCCGCCCGCCACGGCCGCCGCCGCCGCCGCCGCCGCCGGGGGCCAGCUGCUGGGGGGCCGCGCAGAGCCGCCGCCGCCACAGUCCUCCUCCGGCUUCCUCUACCGGCGGCUCAAGACGCACGAGAAGCGGGAGAUGCAGAAGGAGAUCCUGUCGGUGCUGGGACUCCCCCACCGGCCCAGGCCCCUGCACGGCCUCCAGCAGCCGCAGCCCCCCGCGCUCCCGCAGCCGCCUGGCGGGGAGCCCCCUCCCGGGAGACUGAAGUCCGCACCCCUGUUUAUGCUGGAUCUGUACAACGCCCUGUCCGCCGCCGACGACGAGGACGGGCCGUCGGAUGCGGGGAGGCGGCAGCCAGGGCCCCGCGGAGGGGCCAGCUCGUCGCAGCCCGGGCAGUCGCUCCCCAGCGCCGCGCACCAUCUCAGCCGCAAGAGCCUGCUGGCCACGGGACCGGGAGGCGGCGCGUCCCCACUGACCAGCGCGCAGGACAGCGCCUUCCUCAAUGACGCCGACAUGGUCAUGAGCUUUGUGAACCUGGUGGAGUACGACAAGGAGUUCUCCCCUCGCCAGCGACACCACAAAGAGUUCAAGUUCAACCUAUCCCAGAUUCCCGAGGGUGAGGCGGUGACGGCUGCAGAAUUCCGCAUCUACAAGGACUGUGUGGUGGGGAGUUUUAAAAACCAAACUUUUCUUAUCAGCAUUUAUCAAGUCUUGCAGGAGCAUCAGCACAGAGACUCUGACCUGUUUCUGUUGGACACCCGUGUCGUGUGGGCCUCGGAGGAAGGCUGGCUGGAAUUCGACAUCACGGCCACCAGCAACCUGUGGGUGCUGACCCCACAGCAUAACAUGGGGCUGCAGCUGAGCGUGGUGACGCAGGAUGGACUCCACAUCAGCCCCCGAGCCGCAGGCCUGGUGGGCAGGGACGGCCCCUACGACAAGCAGCCCUUCAUGGUGGCUUUCUUCAGAGUGAGCGGGGUCCACGUGCGCACCACCCGGUCAGCGUCUGGCCGGCGCCGGCAGCAGAGCCGCAACCGCUCCACUCAGUCCCAGGACGUGUCUCGGGUCUCCAGCGCUUCAGAUUACAACAGCAGUGAGCUGAAAACAGCCUGCAGGAAGCAUGAGCUGUAUGUGAGCUUCCAAGACCUGGGGUGGCAGGACUGGAUCAUCGCACCCAAGGGCUAUGCUGCCAAUUACUGUGACGGAGAGUGCUCCUUCCCCCUCAACGCACACAUGAACGCAACCAACCACGCCAUCGUGCAGACCCUGGUGCACCUUAUGAAUCCCGAGUAUGUCCCCAAACCGUGCUGUGCUCCAACUAAACUCAACGCCAUCUCAGUUCUCUACUUUGACGACAACUCCAAUGUCAUCUUGAAGAAGUACAGGAAUAUGGUUGUAAGAGCUUGCGGAUGCCACUAGCUCACAGCCGUCUGCUGGGGACACGAAGUCCACUCUGGAUUCCUGGGUGACAACUGCCUUACAAAGCAUUCAGAACCACAGUGGAAGUGAGAUAACUCUGAAACCCAUCUCAUGCUGGUGCCUUACUGCCCCACGGAAGGCUUGAAAGGACCUCACUGGUUUCGUACAUAACGUGAAUAGUCGAAUGUUUCACAGGUUGAGGUCUGGCGACUGCAGAGACAGAACUUUGAAGAGCUCCCUGCCCCCGCAGCCCCCCAGAGUUAGCUGGAGCUCAGGCUGUUUGUGAUGUUAGUGGGUAAGUAGGGAAAGCAACGUCGGGGAGAGUGAAAGCAUCCUUGUCUCUGGUGUCAGCGGCUCAGUAGCAUCUAUCACAGGUUGGUUAUGCAGGAUGAUGCAGGUUUUGCUCCCAGGAGGGUCAGUUCCCAUGGGAGAAACAGCCCCACCUGUAGCCAGGUGCCUUUUGUCUCAGUCAUGGCUGUUACAUGGUUUGUGCUGUAGUUUGUAUGAAAACAGACUUGACUUCAGCCAGAGCCCACCCCAUCAUUUCCACACCUCCACCCUCUCCCGCCUGUAUUCUCAGAGACAGAGUACGCAGAGGUGAGGCGCGGCGCACUCACCGUGGCCCUCGCCUUAGCAAGCAGCUCUGCACCCCCUCUACAUUGGCCUGCUACCUUCAGGAACGUCGGCUCUGAGCGCUGGUGCGUUAACGUGGUUCUGUGCCUGUUCCUGUACAGCCCAUCAAUGCUGUAGUUAGAACCGCUAAAGGAGACAUCGAGAAGGGGCGCCUGGCCGUUAGGAAAGGGUUGGGGGUGCUGAGUGUGCUGUUUAUAAACUGAAAUCUGAAAUCAGUUUCCUCUGGUAGAAAGCUAAGGCUCAGAUUAAAUCUUAGAAUAUUUUUAAAGAUGUCUUUUUCACAAUUCAUGUACUGGGAAAUCAAUUUCAUACUAAACUGAUUAAAUAAUACAUUUAUAAUCUAUA